UGGUUCUCUCUGCAACACCCAUUUGUCUUGUAAUGCUUUUCCUUUUGAAAAAGAUCCCAUUUUUGCGUCGCUUGUGGCCUAAUUUUCCACAUUUUCCCCUUGCGUCUUUCGACGUUUUCAUCACUGCGUCGCCUCUCCUUUUGGGCUUUUGCCAUGUCGAUAAGAUUCACUGCUUCUUUGUUCGUAGUUCGUUUCAUGUGAGACCGUUGCAAUGGCAUCCCUUUCGUUCUUGUUUGCGUUGUAGGACUUCCAGACAGUAGGCGUCUUCGGCUUCGCUCUGCUCCUGCAGCCGGAGAAUGGGUCGGGCGAAGCGUUGGCUGCGGAGUCUUUGGGGUGGGAAGAAGGAGAACAGGGAAGGGAAGGACUACUCCGGCUACUGUGGCGAUGAGGACAGGAGGGAGAAGAAAAGGUGGAGCUUCACGAAGUCGGUCAGAGGCUCCGGCGACGACGUGGUGCUAGGCCAGAAUGCUUCGACCGCGGCGGCGGUAGAAGCCGCGUGGUUCAGAUCAUUCUACUCAGAGAGUGAGAAGGAGCAGAGCAAGCACGCCAUUGCGGUGGCGGCGGCCACUGCUGCAGCUGCCGACGCAGCCGUCGCGGCAGCGCAGGCCGCGGUCGCGGUCGUGCGGCUUACGAACCAGGGGAGCGGUGCCAUGUUCGGCCGCAGCAUCGAGCGUCUAGCGGCCGUCAAGAUCCAGUCUGCAUUCCGGGCAUAUUUGGCAAAGAAAGCUCUCAGAGCUCUGAAAGCACUCGUCAAGCUACAAGCUUUGGUCAGAGGCUAUCUUGUGCGCAAGCAAGCCGCUGCAACUCUUCAUAGCAUGCAGGCUCUCAUCAGAGCUCAGGCGACAGUGCGAGCUCGGAGAGCUCGCAAUCUUCUCCGGGACGACCGGAGACUUCAGCUAGAGUUCCGCCAUCAGCCACCUUUUGAGAGGUUCGAGGAGGUGAGGAGCGAGAACAUGUCGUCGUUCCAUAGCAGGAGGCUCUCUGCCGGCCUCGACAACGUUUCCAAUGGCUUCGACAGGAGCCCAAAGAUCGUGGAGAUCGACACCUGCCGCCCGAAGUCGUCGAGAUCUUCCCGUCGGACGAACCCGUCGGUUUUGGACCCCGCCGACGACCUGCACUCGAGUUCCAUCUCCUCUCCGCUGCCGUGCCAGAUUCCGGCCAGGAUCUUCAUCCCCGACUGCCGCAACUUCCAAGAAUACGACUGGUGCCUCGCAGGCGACAAGUGCCGGCUGUCGCACACGGCACAGAGCACUCCCCGCUACGUGAACGCAUCCGGCAACGCGCCUGUCACGCCGACGAAGAGCGUGUGCGGCGCCGACGGGGUUCUCCGCCGCUUCAUGAACGUCCCCGACUGCCCUAACUACAUGGCGAGCACGCAGUCCUUCGAGGCGAAGGCGAGGUCGCAGAGCGCACCGAAGCAGCGGCCGGAGCCGGCGGGGACGCGGAAGAGGCUGCCUCCGAGCGAAGUGAUGGUGGAGUCCCGGGCAAGUUUGAGCGGAGCCAUGAUGCAGAGGUCCUGCACCCGCGUGCAGGAGGCCUUCAACUUCAAGACAGCUGUUGUUGGGAGGCUCGACAGGGAGUCCUACUUGCAAAGGAAGACCUGAUGCGAGAAGAGUCCUUGAGAUCACAAGAAUAAGAGGAAGCGAUCUGCGCCACCUUCCUCUCUUGAUCGUGUCUUUUCCUCUAUAGAAUCCAUGUAAAUUCUUAGACUGUCUCUAACAAAUCCUUGUUCUUCCUCCCUCGUUGCUCGUUGAUGUUAGAGAUAAUGCACUGUUUCCUCGCUGUCUCA